AAUGCAUUUAAAAAAAUUUGAUGUGAUGAAACUGGGGCAGUCAUUUGGGAAGCAAACAAGGGAUGAUCAUAUUGAUAUGAGAGCACAUCCCUCUCCCUCCCUCCCUCUUCUUUUAAAAUAAGCUUCAGAGAACAGCUUGCAGAGUGUGUGAUAGGGAGUUCCGAAAGCGUAAGAGAAAAAGAAAGAAAAAAAAAAACCUAGUCUGAGAGAGUCAAUGGUUUCCAGGGAGCACAAAAGAGCUGCAGCACUGCAUGAGAAGCUGCAACUACUUCGCUCCAUCACUAACUCUCAUGCAGAAAGUGAUACUGCUAUCGUUGUUGAUGCAUCGAAAUAUAUAGAAGACCUAAAACAGAAGGUGGACCGGCUAAAUCAAGAUAUCGUAAAUAACGCUCAAAGUUCAACUCUUCAAGAUUCACAACCCACGGUCACAGUUGAAACCCUAGAGAAAGGAUUCCUUAUAAAUGUGUUCUCAGAAAAGAAUUGCUCAGGAUUGCUGGUUUCUGUGCUUCAAGCUUUUGAAGAACUGAAUCUUACUGUAGUUGAAGCUAGGGCUUCCUGUACAGAAAAUUUUCAAUUGGAAGCAGUCAGUGUGGAAGGUGACGCGAAUGGAGGAAAAAUUGUUGAUGCUCAGGUGGUAAGGCGGGCGGUAUUGAAGGCUAUUAGGCAUUGGAAUACAAGUACUGAUGAUCAGCAAGAUGAGUAAAUCAUCAGUUAGCUUAUUGAUCAAUUGCAAGCUUAUGUUUUUAUUUUUUACCCCCCUUUUUCAUGCCACCAUGCACCGAGUUUGUAGGUUAAAUAUUUUGUACGGAAGCUAUUAUGCUCACAAUCAAAAAUCGAAGAUUUCACGUGAGCUUUUCAAUCCUGCACAAUUUAGCUUUAAAUUGAAUAAUGAUCAUCUUAUUUGGCUCCUUUAAGUGC